AUGCAAUGGGAAUGCCCACAACGGGGAGAUUCUUCCGAUUCGCCUUUGGGGCACGUGAUUAGCCUCUUCAUUCAAAGACCUUAUUAGGUUCGUUGUGUUCGGAAGGGACAAGGAGGACGAAAAAACUGAUAAAGAGUUGCACCAUAGUAAGGCACAAAGCACGAGCAACAACAGUAGAAGGUCAAAAGUGACCAAAGAACAAUGCACAAAAGGAACCAGGGAAAUCCUAGAGAAGCUCUCACAGAAGUCACAUGAAUGCCAUGAACAUGCAAAUGCGCUCCAUGAAUCGUUUAAUGAACUCUUUUAUGCCCGAUCCAUUCAAUAUGUUAGCUCCAUUCGAUGGUGGCUUUCAGCAAAAUGCUUUGAUGGAACGUCAAAAUGGACCACCAAUGGGCGGUGGUUUAUUCGGAUUUCCAGCUAUGCCACCUAUGCAAAUGAUGCAUGGUAUGCCAAACAUGAAUCGUUUAUUGAGUGCCGAUAUUGGCAACAAUGGUGGAGCUUCUUUCUGUUCCAGUUCUGUCAUUACCAUGUCAUCUGGUCCCGAUGGCCGUCCACAAAUCUAUCAGGCCACUAGCAGCACCAAAACCGGACCCGGUGGCAUACGUGAGACACGUCGCACAGUACAAGAUUCCGUCAAUGGUGUGAAAAAAAUGGCCAUUGGUCAUCACAUUGGUGAGCGUGCCCAUAUCAUUGAGAAGGAACAAGAUACACGCUCCGGUCAGCUGGAAGAACGUCAGGAAUUCAUCAAUCUUGAUGAAGAUGAAGCUGAAGAUUUUGAUCGCGAAUUUACUACCAAGGCCAGCUCAGGUCGCAUUGGUCAACAUCGUGCUAUAGCCGCACCACCAACACAGACAUUGACCAUUGAACCAUUGGAUGAUGACGAUGAUGAUGAGGUGAUUGAGACCACCGCCAAUGUCGCAGCAGCGGGUCGCCAUCCACAGCAGCCACCACAUCAGCAGAGGCCAUCUUCUUCGGGUUCACAUCAACGUAGAUAUGUGCCAGCCUUACCUACGCCACCAUCGCAACCAUCCCAUCAAAAUAGCUCCUCUGAUAUCGAUACUAUUGUGAAUGUGACCACAAUGCCAUCAUCAGCAUCGGAAACCAGACCAACACCACCGCCAACAUUGUCGUCGUUGUCGUCGUCUACUUCGUCACAUGCUAAGCCGUCGUUAAGCAUUGGGGCAGCCUCCGCCGCCACAGCCACUACCGCUAAUAACAACAGCCCCUAUGUGUCGUCAGCCACACCACGACGCUCGUCUGCCUAUCGCAGUAGCCAUAUAAGCGGAGCUUCACCCCGUAGACCAUUGAGAACUCCACCAUCAUCGCCAUUGGCCACCACACCAACGAUGCAUAAUCACAGCACCGCAUCGUCACCAAGCGUUCAUCCACAUCCUUACAAUUCAUCGGCAGCCAGGCGUUCGCACCACCAUCAUCAUCAUCACCACCAGCAGCAACAUCAACAUCGCUCCAAACAUGGAAAACAUAGCACAGGAAAUGCUGCUGCUGCCGCCGCCAACGCCAAUACAACAGCUAAUGCAGCGAACAACUCAGCUGUUGCCAACAGCAAUAGCAGCAACAAUCAAACGCCAAAUCACAGAGAAGAAUACAACAAUCAAAACUAAAACAAACAACAACAAAAAAAGGAAAUAUGAUUAACAUAAGGAGAAGGCAGGGCAGGGCGGAAGUUAAUUAUAACAAUAAUUUAAAGUUUGUGUAAAAAAAAAAAAAAUACACCAACCCAUCACCAUGUUGGAUUUUUUUAAGACC